AUGGGUCUUGCAAUUUCCAAUUGUUCCGAUAAAUGUCUCAAGGAAAUUCCAUCUCCUCGACAACGUUUGACAUCACUCUCAUCACGAACAGGGAGUAUGGGAAAGACAUUGGUUCGAAAUACAUCCGAAGGCUCAUGUGCUUCUCCAACCGGUACCAAUGCAACAAAUUUCGGAAUGGACAAUCAAAUCGAAGGCUUUAUAUCUCAAAAAUUAAUCACGUUUUUGAAAUCGAAUGCUUACUACAAGAAUCGAACCAUUCCUGAAGAACAAGAAUUAUGGAGAACUAUUUUAAAGCAAUCGGUAAUAUGGUCAAUUUUAAGCACACCUUCGAAAUUGAAACAAAUGUACUUGGCAGGUCAUGAGAGAGCGUUUUUGGCAUUGAAACCAAAACUCGAUGAUUUGGAAGAGGAGUUUAAACCAGUUUUGAAACGAUUUGGUAGUUUUGAUGCUACCAAUGAUGACACGGAUGAUAUUAAUGCCGUUUCAAAAUCUGUGGACAUGUGGCAACUGAUCGAUGUUCCAGAAUUUGACAUGACGGAUGUGUCACAAAUGAUCAAUUUGAAUAAGAAUUUCAGUGGAGUGAGAUUACUCUUAUUACCAACGUAUCCAACCAUACCUCAUAACACAAAAGUGAACAUGCAAUUACAUGACGAGCCAUUAGCACGAACUAUGAGACAUUUACUUUCUCCUCUUGGAGUGGAUUUAACAUUUGACAUUCGAGAGGACAUUUACAUGAAACCAGUGGUUGCCAUUGGAUCUAUACUAUUUGAAUGGGACUCUACUGUUGGAUUGUGCGUUCCAAGAUAUUGCUUACAACUCUCAAGAAUGGCCGUAACCGAGAAUUGCAUUUAUUACAAUAAUCAGAUUAAUAUGGAGGAAGUAUGGGAUGUCGUGAGUAAUGUUGUGUGUGAGUGGAAUUCGACCAAACCAUCCCUGUUUACUUGUAGUCAGCAAUCACAGCAACGAUCACAAAGUAUUAGUGGACGAAAACAAUCCAUUCCAUCCAGUGCAAUGGGGAGUGAAGUUUUUGAAAAUAAGGAUCGAAGUCAAGAUUGUUCUGCAAUUUAUUUUACGUAUGAUUUGUUGAGUGCUAUUGUGAAACAUUGUUCGUUGAAAAAGUCAGCAAACGAAACGCCAAGCACAAUGAAUACAAUCACUUCACAACAACAUCAUGAUGUAGAAGAUGAAAUUGCACAACUCUUUUUCCCAGACACAGAAACAUGCUCGUCCAUUCUGGUUAAGGAAUUAUUGCAUGAAACUUCGCAAUUACCACCAAGCAAGCUGUAUGAUGGAGGAGACUCCAUGUCUCUUAAAUUUCCAUUGUCAGAACUAUUUCGAGAGCAUUUUGAAUUACCAAUUCUUGGACCAAAAACGAUCGAAUUUUCGAAUCACCAUGAAUUGGAUGAGUUUGUGCAAAAUUUACUGUCCAAAGAUCCAAAACUGAAAGAAAAGUUUCCAUUCGAAUUUGCCAUACUGAGAUGCAUUGAUCGAUGUUUUUGGGUUGGUCAUCUUCAUGAUAACGAUGAUGAAACGUUCUCGCCAAACACAAUGAUGUGUUGUCCUUUUGGUGACCCAACUGUCGCUGCUGGAUUAACGUUUAUGAAAGAUCAUUAA